AUCCACCAGCUGAACAUGGCUGGCUGCUACUGGCUCCCCAGUUACACCAUUGACCAUGUAAUACGAUGCAAGAACCUGGUGAAGCUGAACUUGUCUGGCUGCCAUCUCACCUCCCUCCGCCUCUCCAAGAUGCUCUCUGCUCUCCAGCACUUGCGCUCACUGGCAAUUGAUGUAAACCCUGGUUUUGAUGCCAGCCAGUUGAGCAGUGAAUGUAAAGCCACACUUAGUCGUGUACUGGAGCUCAAGCAGACCCUUUACACACCGUCAUAUGGGGUGGUUCCAUGCUGCACCAGCCUUGAGAAACUGCUGCUCUAUUUUGAGAUCCUAGACCGAUCCCGAGAAGGUUUAAUUUUGUCUGGCCAGCUGAUGGUGGGUGAAAGUAACGUCCCCCACUACCAGAACCUUCGUGUCUUUUAUGCUAGGUUGGCUCCUGGCUAUGUCAAUCAGGAGGUGGUGAGGCUGUAUCUGGCAGUGCUAAGUGACCGGACCCCAGAGAAUCUUCAUGCCUUCCUCAUUUCUGCCCCUGGCAGUUUUGCAGAGAGUGGAACCACUAAAAACCUUUUAGACUCCAUGGCUCGAAAUGUAUGUUUGGAUGCUUUGCAGUUGCCCAAGUCCUGGAUUAAUGGAUCUGGCCUCCUUCAGCACUUGAAGUUCAACAACCCUUUCUACUUCAGCUUUAGCCGCUGCACCUUAUCUGGUGGCCACCUGAUCCUGCGCGUUAUUAAUGGAGGGAAGGACCUCAAAAGCUUGACCAGUUUGAAUCUCAGUGGCUGCAUUCACUGUCUGUCUUCUGACUCCUUGUUUCGGAAGGCAGAAGAUGAUAUUGACAGCAGCAUUCUGGAGAGUCUGGUUGUUUCCUGCUGCAAUCUGAGACAUCUGAACCUUUCUGCUGCCCACCAUCACAGCUCGGAAAGCCUAGGGAAGCAUUUGUGCCAGCUCCUGGCACGGCUAAAGCACCUGCUGUCUUUGGCGCUGCCGGUUUGCUCCAUCACAGAUGUUCCUACAAACACAGACAAGCCACCUGUGCAGUCUGUGACUAAUGUGUUGCCCCCAGGCCUUGGAAAGAAAAUCCGGAUUGGGGUGCCAACAUAUGCCAAGAACUUCUUGGAGCAGUCAAAUCAGAAGUCUCAAUCUUCUGUGUUUUGGACUCUAUUGGAGAACCUCCCGUUUUUGAAAAACUUGGAGUUAAUUGGGUCCAACUUUUCCUCUGCCAUGCCCCGGAAUGAGCCAGCAAUUCGGAACUCACUGACCCCUUGCAGCCGGGCACGGAGCGUUGGGGAUUCAGAGGUGGCUGCCAUUGGCCAGUUGACCUUUUUGCAGAACCUCACUUUAGCACAGCUGCCUAAUAUCCUGACUGGUUCUGGGCUUGUUAGCAUUGGAUUGCAGUGCCAGCAUCUGCGGAGUCUCUCAUUAGCCAACCUGGGCAUGAUGGGAAAAGUGGUCUAUAUGUCUGCCCUCAUGGACAUGCUGAAGCACUGCAAGUGCUUGAGGGAUCUCAGGCUAGAGCAGCCGUACUUCAGUGCUAACACCCAGUUCUUCCAGGCACUGAGUCAUUGUUCUUCUCUCCAGCGCCUUUGUGUCAUCUCCCGGAGUGGAACUCUGCAGUUUGAUGCAGUGAUGUCAUUCAUGGCCAACUGCCUUGAGGUCGUCAUGUGCCACAUGUUUAUGGGAGAAUCUCUCACAAUUUGCAAAAAUCUUCAGCAGACCAUUUUACGGAGUUUCCAGGCAGACCGCCCUGCAUUAAAUGUCGUCAUUUUCCCUCUACUACAUGAGGACUUGACGGAGGUCAUCAGAGAUGUCCCCAUGAUGCACUUGGAUGAAAUUACCUUGUUUAAAAGCAGAGUGGCUGAGGAACCUCCAAACCUGUGGUGGUGAUUAUGCCAUAGCACAUGUAGAACAGUUGGGAUGAACGUGUGAAACAGCUUCUUAUUGGCCUGGAAUCUCCCUUCUUGAGCUUAUGGCCGCCUUAUGGGAUGCUGUACGAUCACUUUAAAUCAGUGCAAUUGAAAAGCAGAAGAGUCUGGACAAACAUUGCUGUGGGGAAACACAGACCUUGCACAUAAAAAUACAAUAUCAAAGCCUUUUGGAACCAUAUGGAGAUUUUCUUGUGGUUAAUAAUG